AUGUAUCUGGAGGAUGUUGCAUGGUCACACAAGCAAGAAGAAAUUCUCAGAGUCUUUGCAGCAGACGAGAACGAGAAGAGAUGUCACUUCAAGCCAAUGAAGAGCCGCCAGAGAGCAUUCAUUCAUAGUCUGGCUGAAGACUUCGGACUCGACGGAGAAAGCCUGGACCCGGAACCGCACCGCCACGUGUUAUUGUUCAAGACCCCCAAAUUUGUGAGUGCGCCAAUGAAGACUCUUGCUCAAGCCGCAAGGAUCAAGCGAGCGCAGUUAAACGUAUCUGCUCCCAUGACCGCCGGCCCCGAACGAAAAGCAGACGAGGUGAAGCACGACUACAACGGCCUUCUAUUGACCAAGCCGAAAUUUGCCUUGACAGAGGACGAGUUGCGGCCUUUGAUCAAGAAAUCAGCACCGACGACGGAAUUUGACAUCAUUUUCCUGUCCAAGGAUCAGGGCGUAGCACUUCUCCCCACUAUGUCUUCUGUCAAUCCUGAUCAGCUGGUCACUCUCCUCACAAGCCUCCAGCCUACUAUUGCCGGCGAGGUGAUCAAAAAUGAUAUGGGCGCCUCAGUCAUUCUAUGUCAAUUUGACACCUCGGAUCUCGAGCCCCAAAUUGUUGAGCAACAAGGCAAAACGACCUCAGCUAUCAGCAGUGGCUGGUCGCAGGUUGCGGCAAAGAGAGCAGCACCUAUGGCAGCACCGCAAGUCAAGCCCGUUGGACAGCGGCCGGUUUAUACCGUGCUAGGAAGUCGCCUGGCAGAAGCCAAAAGGAAGAAGCAGGAGAACGAGGAGAAGCUCCGGAAAAAGACCCAAGCUCAAGAUGUUGUGGAAGACUGGGAAAAGGAAAUCGAUCUGGAAGAGACCACCGAGGUUGAGAGAAGGACCAGCGAGGCUAGUCAAGAAAGCGUCGAAUUACGCUAA